GAUACAGAAGAGUAACAGACUCUUCAAGCUCCCUGUCACGAAACUCUAACAGGCUAACAUCUCCAUGGCCGCCAACCGCGUUGCCGUAUCUUCUCCGCCGCAGCGAAGAAGGACCAUGUCCGCUCUCGAAGUCCGAAUCUCCCUCGUCGCCGCUCUCGCCACCCAAGCCUCCUCCGUCUCCUAGUAACAUAAAUUUUUACUCGAUUUGGCCACCAAGACAGCCAAGUACAUCUUCUCCAAGCAGUUCGAGGCUUGAACUCUCGAGGAAGCUCUCAUCUCAGUAUUGUUUUGGGUUGGUUGUUUCUGAUUCUAGUUUGAAAUGCUGAUUCCGAACCCACUCUGUUGCUGUUUCUUUUGUUUUGAAGCUAAUUUGUUGAUUUCUUUUGUUCGUAUUCAUGGAUUUGGGAGGUAGAUGCUGGAGUGGAGGCCAAAGAUUGCUUCCAGAUUUAUCUGGAUUACAAUAUGGGUUAGCAGUAUAUCGUUUGAUACAUAUGCUGAUAUUGCAUCUGAGGGCACAGCUGAUAUUGAAAAUGAGUAUGGACCCAUGGAAUACAAAAUUGGUGCACCAGGUAAAGCCUACACUGACUGGGCAGCUCAAAUGGUUGUGGGAUUAAACACUAGUUUCCCCUGGAUCCUGUGCAAACAAGAUGAUGCCCCUGAUCCUGUUUGGGGUUGCUACUCAAUGGUGUGUCUUCUUAGAGAUCGUCAUGGUAGACAUGAAUAAUGAUUCUUCU